CGCGGCCCGGGCGGGGGCUGCCCGCGGCGCCGGGGCCACACAAAGCGGCGAGCGCGGUGCCUCCGCGCCGCCCGUCCGGCGACAGCCGCGCCGGCCAUGGAGCCGCCCGUGCCGCCUCAGGAGCAUCCGCCGCGCCCGCGCUCGCACACCGUCACCACCACCAGCAGCUCCUUCACCGCCAACCUGUCGGCCAGCUCCAGCACCCUCGCCUACGACAAGGAGUUCCUGCGCACCGUGCCGGGGCUCCUCAUGGUGACCGAGAUUGUAUUGGGGCUGCUGGUGUGGACUCUGAUCGCUGGAACAGAAUACUUUCUCUAUCCAGCCUUUGGCUGGGUAAUGUUUGUAGCUGUGUUCUACUGGGUUCUUACCGUCUUCUUUCUGAUCAUCUACAUGACAAUGACCUACACCAGGAUCCCACAGGUGCCAUGGACCAUGGUGGGUCUGUGUUUUAAUGGAAGUGCCUUUGUUUUGUAUCUCAUUGCUGCCAUUGUAGAUGCAUCUUCAGUUACCAAAGAUCUGGACAGUCACAAUUACAACAGCUGGGCAGCUUCUUCAUUCUUUGCCUUCGUGGUUACCUCCUGCUAUGCUGGAAAUACGUAUUUUAGCUUUAUAUCCUGGCGAUCACGAACUUUGCAGUAAAUACUUUGUUAAAGUGAAUUCUGUAGUGUAAAGUACCUUGAGGAUUAUUCACUUUUUAUAAAAACUUGGAAGAGGGGUGAGGUAUUUUUGAACAUUUCUCCUAGAAUAGACACAAUAUAAACUGAAAUAAAUUUAUUAUUUAUAAUAACGCCAUCUUUAGAGACAUUUUUAACCUGACUUUGUACUAUAUAAUAAAAUUUCAUACUGCUUCUUUUAAAAUUAACAUAGUAUUUUUCUAGACAUUGUAUAGUUGUUACUACUAGACCUGAAAAGAAGUCUUACACAAUGUGCCACGAAUGGAAAUGUAACUUUUUAAAUGUUACAGUUUUACUUUUGAUACUGAAGGCUAUCAAAACUAAGAUUGAUAUUGUAUCAUUAUUAUGCAUGAAAAAGUGACAUUGUGCAGAAAAAAAACCCCACCUGAAAGUUUAAAAAAUAAAUCAAUAAAUGAUCCAACUGUUUUGUAAA